AUGACCCUAGAGCAGACAUCAGCUAAAGGCACAAGCCUAACAGAAGCUCUUAGAGUGGAUCGACAUGCUAGCUCAGCGAAAUUUCUAAGCCGUUUAGGAGAUAUCACGUUUGUACUGAAGACUGGUCCACAGCCGGCCGAACGCACUCGGCCGGACAGGAAGGGAAUUGACUUCGCUCGGCCUUCUCCAGGACCGAUCCGGCCGCACGACCGCACCGUCCGAGCCGGGAGGCAAUGGACCACGAUCGACCGAGAACAUCACAUCACGGCCGACGGCCGACCGCAUCCCUCACACGGUCGACCCGAGGCUCCGCGAACAAAAAGCCCACUUAUGCAGUUUCGACUAUUCUUGGCCCGUUUCACCUCAACCGACUUGUGGAAGACCUAG